GUCUCCCCUCAGCCCUCCCCGAGCCCCCUUCGUCUCCCGUCAGGCCCGCCGAGCCGCCCCAGCCUCCCGCGGAGAUGGAUGACGAACCCGAGCGGACCAAGCGCUGGGAAGGAGGCUACGAAAGGACAUGGGAAAUUCUUAAAGAAGACGAAUCCGGGUCGUUGAAAGCAACCAUCGAUGACAUUCUGUUCAAGGCGAAGAGGAAAAGACUCUAUGAACACCAUGGACAAGUUCGACUGGGAAUGAUGCGUCACCUUUAUGUGGUUGUUGAUGGAUCAAGAACGAUGGAGGACCAAGACUUAAAACCGAACAGACUUACUUGCACUUUGAAGUUACUGGAAUAUUUUGUUGAAGAGUACUUUGACCAAAAUCCCAUUAGUCAGAUUGGCUUAAUUGUAACCAAGAGUAAAAGAGCUGAAAAAAUGACAGAACUCUCAGGAAACUCAAAAAAGCAUGUAACUGCUCUGAAGAAAGCAGUGGAUAUGAACUGCAGUGGAGAGCCUUCUCUAUAUAAUUCCCUAAAUUUGGCCAUGCAGACUUUAAAGCACAUGCCAGGACAUACAAGCAGAGAGAUUUUGGUAGUCUUCAGCAGCCUGACAACAUGUGAUCCAGCCAACAUCUAUGAUCUAAUUAAGUGUUUAAAAGCAUUUAAGAUCAGAGUAUCUGUCAUCGGCCUAAGUGCUGAAGUUCGAGUCUGUACAGUACUUGCCCGAGAAACCGGUGGAACAUACCACGUGAUUUUAGAUGAAAGUCAUUAUAAGGAACUGCUGAUGCAUCAUGUUAGUCCUCCACCUGCCAGUUCGAGUUCUGAGUGCUCCCUCAUUCGAAUGGGUUUUCCUCAGCAUACUAUUGCUUCCCUAUCUGAUCAGGAUGCAAAGCCUUCCUUUAGCAUGGUGCAAUUGGAAAACAACAGUGAGCCGGGUCUCACACUGGGUGGGUAUUUUUGUCCCCAGUGCAGAGCCAAAUACUGUGAGCUUCCUGUGGAAUGCAAAAUCUGUGGUCUUACACUGGUGUCGGCACCUCACCUGGCUCGGUCGUACCAUCACUUGUUUCCUUUGGAUGCAUUCCAGGAAGUUCCACUGGAAGAAUACAAGGGGGAACGGUAUUGUCAAGGCUGCCACGCAGAAAUGAAAGACCAAAAUGUUUACGUCUGUAAAGUGUGUCAGAAUGCAUUUUGUGUGGAAUGUGACCUGUUUGUCCACGAUUCUCUGCACUGCUGCCCUGGCUGUAUUCACGAGCAUCCUGCACCCAUAUCUGUAUGAUACCAUAUCUUUGAGAAAUUGUUGUAUUUAUGUCAGUCUUGCAUUAAUUAAAUUUUGUUUAUUCAGCCAUCA